AUGCACGGGGCUUCGCGCCGCCGCCACCACGCCCUCGCCUACGGCGUCGGCUUCACCACCGCCACGUUCACCUGCCGAUACCUCGCCACCUUGACCACUAUCAAGAAAAACCGGUGGUUGACUCGUUCCAGAAAGAAGAAACUCAAAAUCACACCGAGGAAAUACAGGAUUAACCGUGAGAAAAAGGGCAGUGCUCAGCUGCUAAAAGGAAGAAUGGAAAAUCCAGGUGGCCUCAGUCCUCCACUCCGUCCUGCCACCCCUGCCACCAUGGAUUCUGCAGACUGGUCCUCCCUCCCGGCCGACCUCAUCAACUGCAUAGCUGACUGCUUCCUGGCCACCAGUGAUCUCGAUUACUAUAUGGAAUUCCGUGCUGUCUGCAAAAGCUGGCGCUCCGCCACCGAUGACCCCAAGAUAACCUCAGACCGUCGGUUCCGCCCCUGCCACUGGGUCAUCAUCGACAAGGUCUACGAGACCAAGACGUACCUCCUGGUGAACACCGCCACUGGCCGCUUCCUCCGCAAAGAACUCCCACUGCUCCGCGGCUAUUACAUUGCCGUUCCCACCCGGGAUGGUCUCCUCAUUCUGGUUGACAACAAGUCCUAUAACACUGUGAGUGUCCUCAAUCCUUUCACAGGAUACAUGGUUCGGUUCAUUGCGCCUAUGCCUGACGAGUUUGUGAAGUCUGCUACUCUGGUCUCCGGUUCUUCGCCUACGCUUCUCUUGCUAUGCAACAAAGUGGUGGAUGCUCCUGAUGGCUCGUUGCGUGAUGCACCCCGUACAGUGUACAUUGCUGAUCCUAGCAGCGAAAGUCUUGCCAUGUACGAGGACAGGAAUGCUUGCCCUUUGAUCAGGCUGUCUGUCAGAGGUAUCUGCACUAAUGGUGAGUUAGGAUCGGGGUCACCGUUUCCACUUGCUGUGGCAAAAGGAUAUGACAACCGUUGUUAUCUGCUGGAAUCUGCUGGAGAAAUAUUGAUCAUCAUCAAGCUAAAAGAUGGCAUGGAGAUUUACAAGAUGGACACUGACAGAUAUAUACUCGAGCGUGUGGAGAACAUUGGCAACCGUGCCAUCUUCUUAGGUGGGUACUGUAGGUGCAUGUCUGUUAAUGCUGAUAAGUUCCCAUCAGUCGACGCCAACUGCAUCUAUUACACAAAAGGCCUAGAUUUCAACCAUGGCAUCCACAUUUACAGUCUACGGUCCAGGAGAGAAGCAAAAAUCUCUAAAGUCAUAGGUGAUGGUUCUCGUCCCUACACGAUUAUUCAACUCCUCUCUAGUAGCAUAAAUGAUAACUAGGCUUCCAUUGCUGAUAAUGGGUGUUGUUUCUUAGCUUGAUGUAAUGACUACGCAAUGGUGGUAAUGUAUUUACGCUGAGACUUCCCCCUU